AUGAUAAAACGGUUUCCUAGUAGGAACCAUAGGUCCAAAGGGAUCAAGGUAAAGCAUGUUCUACAAAUUCUUCUGUUGCUUGGUGUUUGCUUCUGGUUGGUGUACCAGGUUAAGCACAAUCAUGAUAAGAAGAAGGAAUUUGACAAGAAGGAUGCAAAAUUUUCAGUCAGUGCCCAGACAGAUCCAAUUCUUAAACUUGGUAGAAGAGACCUUCAUCCGGGUAAGCAAGACAAAAGUCAGAAUGAAAAGCAUGAGGAAGAGGAGGAAGAUGAACACAUUGAAGACGAUGAAGAAAAUAAACAUGACCAUGAAGAACAAGAAGAUGGAAGCAAGCAUGAAAUUGAAGAAAGAGGAGAUAUCAAGCAUGAAGGCAGAGAACAUGGAGAAGAAGAAAAUAAACAUGGAGCAGAUCAGGAGGAAGAUGAAAACAAAAAUGAAGAUGUGGAAGAUGAAGGAAGAGGGGGAGGAGACGAUGACAUAGAUGAAAAUGAUCAAGAGAAAUCAGAGGUGGAUACUACUGAUCGUGAUGAUGAGUUCUUGGAUGAAGAGAAAGAGAAAGAAGAAGAGGCUGAUGAGAAGGAGAACGAAAAUGUGGAUGAGGAAAAAGACGGUUUAGUUGAAAACCACAACAAUCAUGAGGCUCGGGAGGAACAUUACAAGGGGGAUGAUGCUUCUAGUGCUGUGGCUCACGAUACACAUGCAACUAGCUUUGAAACUGAGACACUUGGCCUGGAAAACUCUGAUGUAAACUCCCAUAUGAAUAUCACAAAAUCUGUAAACGAGGCAACCUAUUCAGAUGAAAGUGUCAGGAAUCAAAAUGAUUCAGAUUUGAAGGGUUCAGAAGGGAAUUCUUCAAAUGAAACUGCUGUUGAAGAGACUGGAAAUAACACUUUGUCCAACCCUGUCGAUGAUAGCUCAUUUCUAAAUCAAACAACCACAACAAACUUUGACAGCCACUUGGAAUCAAGCAGUAACCUGAUAGUAGUGACCACUGAAGCGAACAAUAACUUGACCGGAGCUGGUAAUGACACCAUAAAGUCAUCUGAACAAGAUAAAACAGUUAUAAAAGUUGAAUCUGACCAAGCUCAAAGCACGACGAACAACACAACUAACACUGGAGAUGUCAAAAUUGUGCAAACAGAGGGAUUGGAGCAGAGUGGCAAUGGAAAUUCUGAAGAAAAGCUACAUAAUACUGAUUCAGCUGGCUCUGUUAAAACUGAAAAUGGAGAUGCAGCUGCAGGAAAAUCAUCUAAUCUAGUAGCUUCAAAUGUAACUGAGAACACUCACAGAAAUGAGAAGUCUGAAUCUGAUAUCUCUGAAAGUGACAAGUCCAAAGGCAACAAUGAAACAAAUGAAACUCAGACUGUUGAUGCCAGAAAGGAUGAAUCGUCCAAAGGAGACCUUCAAACAGGUGAAACUGAUGAAACAUCAGACUCUUCUUCUGCCAAUGAAACUUUGGAUUCAGCUGAACAAGAUCCCAUCGAUUCUUCUGAUAGUGGUAUCCACGAGGACUCAACUGAGGCUCGAACCGAUCUGGAUACAUUGCCAGAUAUCAGGAAUAAAGGUGAUGACAGUGAUGAAUCUGCUGCAGAGUGA